UGGAAUGGCGAGAGAUAUAUCACGAUAUAUAUUACAAACCACCUCGCCUUCAGGGUAAACAUCAUUAUACAGUGGAUAUUAAAACUAAAAGGGAUGAGAGUGACACGUUCAGAAAAUAAUAUGGCAGUACCUGCGAGCGGGUGAGAUGAGGAAACGGUAUGUAGCUAAUAGCCCUAAUCUGUGGGAUAACACAAGGAUUGUUCAUAGCAGUAAACUCUGGGGUAGUAUUCAGCAUGGAUCAGAAAUGAAUGUAUAAGGUUGCAUGUUUUUAUCCUUAUGGGAAUCCAUAGAACAUCUAACAGAUGUCAAACGACUGUACCGGAUGGGGUUUGCGUGUUGGGAGGAUUCGAAGACGCGUACACGUGUCGCUUGAUCUGCGCGCGGAGGUUCAAUUUGCAUACAUUUUACUGUAGCUAUGAUUGUAGCCUAUAAGGCGUGUUUCUCCAUUGCAUAUGCUAGUAGUUUACAGUAGUCUACAUUAGGCUAUUAUAACAACAACUGCUGUAAAGUGAAUGUACAUCCACAGUGCAAUGAAAACAUCACCAUAGGAAUAAACACAAACAAGGAAAUAAACAGACAUUCAAUCAAAUAAUUUAAGAAUUAUAAUCAUAUGAAAACCACUACGGAAGGUGCGCUACUUUUAACCUAAAGUACUUGUUAUGCUAUUUCUGUCUAUACAUUUUAAUUUAAUGUGUGUGUUAGCCUACAUUUUAAAAAGUGGGCUACAAUUAAAAUUCGACUAGCCUACUUCAGGCUCCUCUCUAUAGUCCAAUGUAUUAAGGACAUUAAGGACAUGCUGGUACCUUCAGGAACUUGCUUCAUUAGCACUUGCUAGAGCAGCUGUUUAGGGUACAGGACCAGAUGUUAGUUGGGCGGAAUGGGUUUUUGGUUUGUGAGUUGAGCAGACUAGAGGCUUUGUCGCACCAGUGAAGUGGAGCGAGACGGGAGUGUUCUUGGCCAGUGUACCGCAGGCAGCCAGUGCCACGCGGGAACUCCAUGCCCUGUCCCGUUACCUGGAGACACCAGGCGACCACACUGGGGCCACGAGACCAGGUGAUACUACUCCAAAGCACGCGACUCGCAUGUUCCCGCCACUGCCAUGGAUGACUCUGGAAUCAUUCGACGUCGGAGGCUCCAGAAGGAUCUGCCUCUGCCUCGAAAAAGUAGCAGUUGCCGGACCAGUAACCGGAAGAGCCUCAUUCUAACCAGUACAUCACCCACUCUCCCUCGACCACACUCACCUCUCCCUGGACACAUAGGAAGUAGUCCAUUGGACAGCCCAAGGAACUUCUCCCCCAGUGGCCCUGCCCACUUCUCAUUUGCCUCCUCUAGAAGACGGAUGGGCCUCUGAGUGCCAGGAUGUAGCCAAAACCAACAUCCAUCAUGACUCCAGCAGUGUCAGACAGAUAGAAGGACCCACAGAGAGAGAGAGAGAGAG